ACAAAAACUUACCUGGUUUUCGAAUACUUGAUCUUGUUUUGGCGACUACAAGAAGACAGGCCUACACACACCAGCUAACUACAUCCUUGCUUUCCCGCCUCUUUUGGGUGCGCCCGCGUCUCAAACUACGGCCACACAACAUAAUGUCUAAACCAAGUUCUACUUGACGUUUACAUCGUCCUCUGACCACCAGGAGAGAAGGCUCGACACAAAUGCGGGAAAUCUAAAAAUGGCGUUCAUGAACUUCCUAACAUUCAUAACGGCAAGUAACGCAAUUGUAUUGAUAACAGGGGCAUUAUCGUUGCCUUUAUAUUUUUCAUACUUUGGUUCUGAAGCAGCAGUGAGGUUUUCCUUACUUCUGUGUGUGCAUUCCGCCAUACUUGCCGCAAUCCCUGAUUUUGUGAAAGCUGCAAUACCUAUGCUGCAGUUGCUGUCAUUUGCUGUUCUCCUUUUCCUCCCAUACAAUACAGCUCCAACCAUUUUGGUCUGGUGCUAUCAAAAGCUUCUUCAGUGCUCAGAAUUUGCAUUUUUGUUUGUUGAAGCAAUACAAGUUGUUUUGGCUGUGAUGUACAUCAGUCAAUCUUUGGUGAAUGAGAUUGAAGACCAACCAGUUAUUGUUAAGACUUGUAUUUUAGCCAUCUCAGGAGUUGCAAACAUUUUGUCAAUAUAUAUCAGCUAUCAUUUGUUCACAGAUAUUCACUCAACAUACACAGAAAUCUGGUGUGCAGGAGUUGCAGUUGUUUUAACAAUUUUGGUGUUAUUUAUUUGUUUGUAUAAGGAAGAAGGUAUCAUAUCUGAUGCGGCUGUUGUUAGUCUUGUGAUGAUGUUUAUCGUUUGGGCGAUGAAACAGGAAAGAUUAAUGCAAGAACAUUCCUUAGAUCUACCAUCACAGUGGCUACAACAAGUUACCGAUAACCGUUCAUUCCUUAAAGUAUUCUUGUCGAUGGCGAAAGUAAGCAUAGCGCAUGCGACGCGUGUUAAAAGAAUAAUUUCCUUGUUUAUCUCACCCACGUGUCUUCUGUUUGCAUUGGUGAGGAUUGCAAGUGUAGUUGGGUUCGUGACUUUGACUCCGAUUUUCAUUUACCAGGAAGAGGAUGAUAAGUACAGUACCUUACAUGAAGUGGAUUCCAAGCCACACAGAAAAGGUCCUAGACCUCUAUAUCUUCGCCUGAUUAUAAUUUUUGUGUACACACAAGUUGUCGUUCGCACUAUCGACUCUACGACAACAGACCGUCAAGACCUUAGCCAAGUCACUUCACUUAGUUACUUGUCUUCAGUGAUACCUGGCAUCAGGGUGUGGCGGAUUAUACAACUGUUAUUAGUCACCGUAACCUACAUUUAUCAGAUGUUCAGAGAUGAAUACGAGUGAAAAAUUCGCGGGAAUGUUAAGGUUCUUCACUUGAAGGCCCCAAACAGUUAAGAUGUGUGUCUUCCUAAUGAGAACGAAAAUAUAGGUAUAACUGACGCAGCAAAGUUAAUAAUGUCGCACAAACUCCUUGGGCCCCUGAUUGACUUGUGGUGUAGAACUGGUAAGGUGGCAUAGUGAAGUCCCUCAGUGCUUUGGUAUUGAAAAAAGAUGAUGGACUUUAGGUAACUACCAUAAGCACAAUUCUAACAGGGAUGUAGUUUGACGGUAGGACUCAGUAAAGAAUUAAAUGUGGAAAUGAGAAAAGAUACGUUGCAAUUUGCUUCUUUUAAUGGUGUAGUCAUUAAAUGUAAAUUAACUGAA